AUGAAAAGUGCGCGGAGUUGUAAAUCGAGUAGUGUGGUUUUGGGUACAGUGAUGACGGCGUCAUAUGUAGAUGAAACUGGUUGUCUGUCUGGCACGGCCGGAUGCAGGUUCGAGCGUGUUGAUGUGUUGUUUGGUACUUCGGAGCAUUUUGCUAGGGAAGAGCCAUUUAAACUUAAGUUGGUGGUGGCCGUAGAGAAGGAUAAGCCUCAUUUGCGUAACAAAGAUUGGUUUACGCAGCCUAAUCAAAUGCAGCUGAAGCAUGGAUCCAAGGCGAACCUAAGAGCCGGCCCACGUACAUGGUUUCUAUUCAUAGACAAGAUGUGCCGGAAUAUAGUCCUUUCCCUACCAAUCCACCUUUGGUUCAGCGUUUCUGACGCAACUCGAGACCAUAUCGUAUACGGAAUCGGCUCAGCCGUAGCUGGGUCAUAUGCCGGGGCUGUUCGGGAAUUUAUGCGGACAACAAGCAAAACACAACUUGAAGAGAUGCGGAAGGCGCAAUAUUUUGUAAAGAUAUUACCGCUGAAUAAAAGAGUUAAAAGAGACAAGUUCUGGACAGGUUAG